UCUAUAAAAGCAACUGCGUUGCGCUCAGUGUCGUGAAAAAUUUAGCUGUGCUGCAAAGAGCUGCCCGUGUGCUAAUUAAAUAACUUUUGUACAUUUACAUUUCUACCGGUUCCGUCGCCGUCUCCACAUCCCCUAGCCAACAUGGUGUACCAGAUUAAAGAUAAGGCCGACCUCAAUGGACAGCUGACCAAGGCAUCCGGCAAGCUGGUGGUGCUGGACUUCUUCGCCACCUGGUGCGGACCCUGCAAGAUGAUCUCGCCCAAGCUGGCUGAGCUCUCCACGCAGUACGCCGACUCCGUCGUCGUCCUGAAGGUUGAUGUGGACGACUGCGAAGACAUUGCCAUGGAAUUCAACAUCUCCAGCAUGCCCACCUUCGUGUUCCUCAAGAACGGCGUCAAGGUCGAGGAGUUCGCCGGUGCCAACGCCCAGCGUUUGGAGGAUGUCAUCAAGGCUAACAUCUAAGUGGGCAGCGCAUAGACGUCUGGCCGUCCCCCUGAUCCACCUAUGAGUUCUCUUCAUAACAUUUAGUUAAUUAAUUAAUUCCAUAAGUGCAGGGUUUUGCUCCAUUCCGCCUGCUGCUCCGCCUUGUCCAAGACCCACUUGGAGCUGCAGUGCAGUUCGUCCAGGAGGUGGAGGUCAGCGGUGGCAGCAGCUGGAAGAACAGCAACAAACGUGAGAAACUAAGUGGCUUUUAAUCGUAAUAUUUGCUUUGUUAACAAAAUCAAUAAAUCACACAAAGAUUGUUCAUUUUUGUAUGAAACACUUAAAAGAACGCAAUUGUAGCCAGUUGUCCAAGAGAAUACGCUAAACAAUAAAUGUAUUACACACUCGCCGUUUGUAA